GAGGAAUAUUUGACGUUGCGCAAAACGCGACGUGCCCCUGUACAGUGGUCAGGGAAACCCCUAGUGCGGACCUGCCAACGCCCGGCACAGAGAAACAAACAGAAAGGAUACGAUCUUGAACGAGAGCAGUGUACCCUGAAAGAGCACAGCUAUGCAGACGAUUAAGUGCGUUGUGGUCGGCGAUGGUGCCGUGGGUAAAACCUGCCUGCUCAUCUCCUACACUACCAACAAGUUCCCCUCGGAGUAUGUUCCAACGGUGUUUGAUAACUAUGCAGUAACGGUUAUGAUCGGGGAGCCCUACACUCUUGGACUUUUUGACACUGCAGGUCAGGAGGAUUACGAUCGGUUACGACCCCUGAGUUAUCCUCAGACGGAUGUGUUUUUAGUCUGCUUUUCCGUUGUCUCGCCCUCCUCGUUUGAAAACGUCAAAGAAAAGUGGGUCCCAGAGAUCACCCACCACUGUCCAAAGACCCCUUUCCUGCUGGUGGGAACGCAAAUUGAUCUGCGGGACGACCCCUCCACCAUCGAGAAGCUGGCCAAGAACAAGCAGAAGCCCAUCACCCCGGAGACGGCAGAGAAGCUUGCCCGAGACCUCAAAGCAGUCAAAUACGUGGAGUGCUCCGCCCUCACACAGAAAGGACUAAAGAAUGUUUUUGACGAGGCGAUUUUGGCAGCCCUGGAGCCCCCUGAGCCCAAGAAGAAGCGCAAAUGUGUUUUGCUAUGAGAACCCAACACACACACACACACACACACACACACACACACACACACACACAC